AUAGCUCACAGUUCUUCAACGUCUCUCGAGGAGAAAAAUACCAGCAAAGCAUUUUCAGUUUUGUACAGGAAUAAAAGCUAGGAAUUAACCGUUUUGAAGAAAGAGAGCCAAAAUGGUGGAUAACGGAGAUUCUGUAAAGGGGUCCGUUCAAGAUUCGCUUGAUGAUAAAAAGACGUUACCAACCCCUUUUCAAGAGACUGGUAAUCGACAAGUUUCAGAGCUAGCCCCUCAUCGUCAACCACGGGGAAUUGAAGCUGAAAAUCCAUCAGCAACAAAAAAGCUGGCCGAAGUAAUAGCAGCCCUGCUUGUACUUAUGUUUAACUUGCCGGGGGGAUCCUUCGCCAUUGUUCUGAGUACAGCGCGUACAGUGGUUCAAUAUAUGCAAAUACCACCCGUAGACAUUGAACGACGAGACAAAAUGAAACGUGACGUAGAAGAAAUUCAACUUAAUAUGAAGCAAAUAUGCAAUGACGAGACCAAACUGGAGGACAAGUUUGGCAACUUCCCUUACCAUUCAACCGUCGACUUGAUAAAGUGGGAAUGGGAUUUGAGAAUCCUAAGGGGUCGUUUA